CGUAGAAGACACGAUUUUUCAUGAUUCCUAUUCGCAACAUCGCAACUCGCAACUAUGGAUAAAUAAUAUGCAAGAAGGCGUCUGAUCUUAUCCCUUAUCCGCCUUAAACAGCCGUGAGCCGAAUUCUAGCGAUAAGUACAAAUCGUCGUCAGACACACCGGACAGACUCCGGAGCCAGGAAUGCAAAUAAUUUUGGUGUCAACCAAAUUCACCGACCUUCUGCUCCGAUUUUCAGACCGACCGAGUCUCUGCGAUUUGCAGUCACAAAUAAUCGACCUUUGAACCGACGCGAGUGUGACGCGCGUUUGUCGGCUGAGUGUCCGAUGGAGGAUUCACUCGAGGACGAAAUUCUGUACCAGACUUACAUGGUGCACAUGAACAAGUUCGCGUUCGUGCUGCCGUUGCUGCCGCAGCGGCUGCCAACUCUCAACUACGCACUUCGGCUACUGCGCCUCUACUUGCUCAAGCCUGAGGUGUUCGUGGUGACGUUGGUGUCGGUGGUGCUGAUUGUCUACCUGCAGACGGCCAAUAACCUGUGGGCGCGCCCCGUCAUCGCACGUCUGCAGAACGGACUUGCCAAAUCCAACCUCUCGUGUCCGCGCCUUGGUCCAGGCAAGACGAUCAGGGGCAAUGACUCGUCGUGGUGCUCCGAGGGCCAGAAGGCGGCUGUGUUUGCCAUCCAGGGCCGCCGCCCCCACAUGGAGGACCGCUUUGUCCUGGCUGAGAACUUCGAAGAAUCGGGUGUCUCAUUCUUUGCUGUGUUCGACGGACAUGGCGGAGACUUUGCUGCCAACUUUGCCUCAGACAGGAUGUCUAGCAGCAUCCAAGCCAAGAUUCUAGAGGCUAAGGAGUUUGGCAAGAAAGGAAUCGAGAAAAAGCAGGCCAACGAAGCUGCUCCGGAAGAUGAAAAACCAAAAGGGAGUCCUCCAGAAUCCCCGCCUGCUUCCAAACCAAAGGAUAAGAUGGUCUACGACGACAUGGUGUUUGGCAGUGACAAGCAAAAGAUCAAUUCAAUUUUGCUGCAAGAAAUUGUGAACAAGAGGAAUGGACAAAUCGGGAUUCCACCUGUGAGGAAGGCGGCGCCAAGAAAGGCAGGGGAGGCUUCAGAUUACAUCAGCAACGGGCAAGUUAAUUACGACAAACUGCUGACCGACGAAAUUCUGCUUGCCGACGAGCAGUUGGUUGCCAAGGCCAAGAGCCUUUUCGACAUUGCAGGUUCGACCGCCUUGAUGGCCAUUGUGGAAGGAAAGAGGCUUAUUGUGGCUAAUGUUGGGGAUUCCCGAGGGGUCAUGUGUGACCAUAAGGGCAAUGCCAUCCCUCUAUCCUUUGACCAUAAGCCGCAGCAGACAAAAGAACGGCAGAGAAUUAUGCAGGCUGGUGGUCUGGUGACCUUCAACGGAGUAUGGCGCGUAGCUGGUAUCCUUGCAACGUCAAGGGCGCUAGGUGACUACCCCCUGAAGGAACGCAACCUGGUGGUGGCUGAGCCAGACAUCCUAACCUUUGACCUCUCCGACCACCGUCCGCAGUUCAUAAUUUUGGCUUCUGACGGUCUGUGGGACACAUUCAGCAACGAGGAGGCUGUGACCUUUAUCAAGGAGCGCAUUUCGGAACCAUUCUACGGAGCCAAGAGCAUUACCCUGCAGGCUUUCCACAAGGGCUCCCUAGACAAUAUCACCGUCCUUGUUGUCUGCUUCAAUGGCCAUUUAUGGGCCUAAGGGCCUAAUGCCUUCAAAAUCCGACCCCCAGCACUUUUUGUGUUUGUGCUGGGCUUAAAUUCAUUGUGAUUGCUUUUGUGGCUGGAAGAGAGAAGGAGCUUAAUCAAAGAUUUUAAUUUCGACUUAAAAUCGGAAACAAAUGAGACAAGAUUUGGAGGAACAUAAUCAUAGGAUUAAUUUGUUGUGUUCAAAGAUAUAGCGUCUAAUUUUGCCUUUUGGCAAAAGUAUUUUAAUUGGGAAGUUCCUAAAGUAUAUUUAUUGUUGUUAAGGCGCAGCCAAACCUGUUGGUUCGUAAUUAAUGUUUCAAGCCUCUGGAAUAGGCGAUAAUCAAGUUGCAAUUUUACCAGUCAUAGUCUUUAAUUACUAUUCAACCAAAAUGUUUGUUUUGCUGAAAUAUUUUCAUUAAUGUGCUCAGACAAAUCAACAUGUUAUGCAAAGCUGAUACAUUAAAAAUAGAAUACAAAACAAUAAAUUGUAUUUGUAA